AUGUCUUACAAGUAUGCCGAUCUCCCUCAGUUCUCAUAUGCAUCGGUCCAACGUCAAUAUUCGACCUUUGAUUAUGAGACUAAAUCUUUCCAAUUUUACCCUGUCACCUAUUCAACGACCGAUCUGACCGAGGGCCAAAACCAGGACAACAAGGAGCCCACCGCCGAACCGGAGAAGGACCCUGCCUCUGAAGACCCCCCUGCCGCUGAGCCAAGUGGCGAUGACAGCCCGUCCGCUGAACCUACAGAUUCCGUAGAGGCUGCACCACCAGCCGAGUCUCCACCCGAGGAGGCUGCCCCAGAAGCUAAAGAAGAUGGCAAGGAUGAGCCAGCGCCAGAUGCAGAGAAUCCCGACGAGGCUUCCAAGGACGCUGCCGUAGAAGACGGGAAACCCACAGAGGAACCAAAGCCUGACGACGGUGCAGCGCCUGAAGGCGAAGCAAAGCCCCAAGAGGAAGCCAAACCUGAAGAGGAAGCCAAACCUGAAGAGGAAGCCAAGUCUGAAGAAGAAGCCAAGUCUGAAGAAGAAGCCAAAUCCGAAGAAGAAGCCAAGUCUGAAGGAGAUCCAAAGCCCGAAGACGACCCAAAGCCUGAAGAUGAAUCUAAACCUGAAGGCGGUGCAGCGCCCGAUGACAGUGCGAAGCCUGAAGAGGAAUCAAAGCCUGAAGAAGAUGCAAAGCCUGAAGAUACAAAACCUGAAGGUGGAGAAGAUGCUCCAGCAGGUGAAGACACGAAAAAGGAAGGCGACGGCAACAAUGAUGAAGGGUUCCCAGAUGUUGACGCAGACGUAGAUCCUGAGAUUUUAGCGGCCGAGAAAGAGGCUGCUGCUAAAGCGGCCGCCGAGGACGCCCUAGAGGAAGAAGCCCCAAAGGUCGAUGAAUCACCUGCUCCAGAGGAACCGCCAGCAACCGAGCCACCCGCAGAGGAGCCCAAGCCAGAGGAACCCAAGCCAACGGCUAAGGCCCCGGAGCCUGAAGCUGAACCCGAAAAGCCCGCAGAUAAUCCUCCUGAUCCCCCUGCUCUAGAGGAACUAGCAGCACCCGAGCCACCCGCAGAGCCCAAGCCAGAGGAACCCAAGCCAACGGCCAAGGCUAAGAAAAAGAAGGGCAAGAAAGGCAAGAAGGCAACCGACCCAGAGCCAACACCAGAGCCAGCCGCCGACCUAGAGCCGGAACCAGCCGCUGAAGCAGCGCCGGAGCCUGAAGCACCAGCUGAAAUAAGCGAACAACCAGCGGAGGCAGAGGCACCUGCUCAACCUGCAGCAGAAGAGGAGAAGGCUCCCGAAGAACCUGCCAAGGAACCAGAGCCGGAGGCCCCGCCAGUUGAGGAAACGCCUGCUGCCGAACCCGAAGCUGCUGCGGAGGAGAAGGUGGAAGCUGCAGAGCCCGAGCCAGUUGAGAUUCCCAAAGAGGCACCCGUCGAAGAAAGCACUCCGGCUGAGCCUGCCCCUGAACCCGCUGCUGAGCCUCCUGCCGAGCCUGAGCCUGCCCCUGAGCCUGCCGUUGAAGCUCCUGCUGAGCCUACCCCCGAGCCCGCUCCGGAACCCGCUUCUGAGCCCGCUGCCGAGCCUGUUACGGAGCCUGUUGUUGAAGCUCCUGCCGAGCCUGAGCCCGAACCCGCUCCAGAACCUGCUGCUGAGCCUGAGCCUGCCCCGGAGCCUACCGUUGAAGCUCCUGCUGAGCCCACCCCCGAGCCCGCUCCGGAACCCGCUUCUGAGCCCGCUGCCGAGCCUGUUACGGAGCCUGUUGUUGAAGCUCUUGCCGAGCCUGAGCCUGAACCCGCUCCAGAACCUGCCGUUGAAGCUCCUGCUGAGCCUACUCCUGAGCCUGAGCCUGAGCCAGCUACCGAACCUGCUGCCGAACCUGCUGCCGAACCUGCUGCCGAACCUGCUGCCGAACCUGCUGCCGAACCUGCUGCUCAACCUGCUGCUGAGCCUGAGCCUGCUCCGGAGCCUACCGUUGAAGCUCCUGCUGAGCCUGUUACGGAGCCUGUCGCCGAAGCUCCUGCUGAGCCUGAGCCUGAACCCGCUCCAGAACCUGCUGCUGAACCUGUUGCUGAGCCCGCUGCUGAGGCUGUUGUCGAACCUCCCACUGAGGAGCCAGUUGAAGAGACUCCACCUCCUGCACCAGAAGCCGUUGACCCGAUUCCUGAAGCUCCCGGGGCACCUGCCGCUGAAGAGAAGGAAGUGACCGAAGAUGCCCCCGCUGUCGCAGAUCCUGUAGAGGAGACCCCUUCUCCAGAACCAGCGGUUGAGGAGACACCUGCUCCCGCCCCGGUGGAAGAAACGCCCGUUGCCGAGACCCCCGCAGAGGCCGUAGCAGAACCUGAAGUCGUACCCGAUGAGGCGCCGAAGGAGAUCCCAGUGGAAACACCUGUUGACGAGCCAGCGCCCGCAGAGCCAGCUCCUGUUGAAGCUGCUCCAGCUGAGAUCCCGGCACCUGACGAAUCCCCGGCUGAACUAGUGGUUCCAGACGAGGCCCCAGCUGAGACACCAGAGGCCGAGGCAGCUGCAGUCCCAGUCGAAACUCCAACGCCGGAAGAUGCAUUGUCUGAGACACCGCCAGAGGAGCCAACCCCUGAGCCAGAGGCUGCCAGAGAUCUCCCCGCUGAAGACCCACCAGCAGAACCAGAAGCUGCCCCCGAGCCAGUACCUGUCCCCGCUGACGACGAAGUGGCGCCCGACGAGCUCGUACCACCCCCAGCAGACGCCCAGCCCGAGGUGGAGAUGAUCGAAGCCGAGCCUCUUGACGAAAGCGCAGAAGCCGCAGCAGUCCGCCACUCCCGACGCCGCAGAAAGCGUACCUCACCAAUCGAAGGAGAGCGUCGGCAUUCCAAGACAUCAUCCGAAGGCCGCCGGGAUCAACUCCAGCGUCAGAAGAGCGAGCGAAACAUCUUCACUAACCGCUGGGCCAAGGCACUGGAAGAAGCACGACGCCAACACGACGAGAAAUCACAGGCACAGCGAAAGCAGCGUGCUCUCGCCGAGGAACGAGAGCGCAGCGGUAUUCCUGCCCCCGAGAAAUUGAAGCGCUCCAAGAGCUCAUCCAGGGAUAAGGUGAAGGAGAAGGAGAGGGCAAUGGAACCAGAAAUGGAGCCCGAAGUCAUCGAACCCAGAUCCAAACACCGCACCUCCGAUACUCCCUCGGACCAGCCUCUCGAACGAGCUCGCUCAACAAGGACCUCAUCAUCGAAGCAAGUAUCAACAUCCAUACCGACGCCUAAGCCUCGUGCCUUCCUGCGGUACAUGACUGAAGGCAAGUCGGAUACCAAUGGGCCUUUACUGCGUCUAAAUGCUGCCAAGGCUGCACCACCAAUUGAGAGGCCACGCCGGUCAUCGACAAGUCACAGCCACAGCAGUGGCAGCCAUCAGGAUCGAGCGGAGCAUGAAGAGCGACACUCCAGUGGUCGGUCCAGCGGAUCUCGGUCGCGGCGCGAAGAGGAGCCUCCUCGCACUGAGCGUGUUGAGCGCACUGAGAGUAGGAGAUUGCGACGCUCGUCGACGGCUGAGCAUGGUCGAUCUAGGGAGGAGAGGAAGGAGAGGGAGAGGGAGAGAGACCGGGUGGAGAAGGAGCGUGAGCGUGAGCACGCACGUGAACGAGAAAUCGAGGGAGAGAAGGAGAGGGAGAAGAAGCCUGAGGGCUCCUCCCGGCGUUCCAGGGAGACGAGAGAGGUUCGCUCUCAUCGUCGCCACAGACGCGAGGAAUCGCCUCCCCGAGAGGAGUCGAAGCUGAAGGGUCUCUGGAGAGCGAUUGCUGCCCAUUGA